AGUAGUCCCAUGGGGUUGACCACUGUCCACAUAUCAAACAGGUCCUUUCCUAUCAGCUGAGUGAUCAGGAAAUCCUACGGCGAGAUAAGAAGGUGGAGCUGAAUUCCAAGAGACAAUGGGAGAUAAAGAGGAAUCUCAAGUGGAAGGUGGAGAUGUCGGAAGAACCUCUGUUAAAAAUGGAGUUGAUGCCGUGUUAAAGGAUGGAGCUCAAGACAACGAGGGAAAUGACAAAAAAAUGCAAAUCCCUCUUCAAGAGAAAACGGAAAAACAGUUAGGGCCACGGAUGACCAAGAAAUUCCUGAAAGACCACUGUAAGCAGAACAAACUUUACUCAACACCUUGCCUGAAUGACACAUUGUUUCUGCAUUUCAAAGGUUUCUCCACCAUUGAGAACUUAGAGGAGUACACAGGACUGAAGUGUCUCUGGCUGGAAAGCAAUGGGCUUCAACGCAUUGAAAACCUGGAUGCCCUGACUGAUCUGCGCUGCUUGUUCCUUCAGCAGAACCUCAUAUACAAGCUGGAAAACCUUGAACAGCUGAAAAAACUCUGCACUUUGAAUGUCUCCAACAACUAUAUCCGCACCAUAGAGAACAUCUCCUGCCUUCCUGAUCUGAGCACUCUGCAGAUUGCCCAUAACAAGUUGGAAACUGUGAGGGACAUAGAGCACCUGAGUAAGUGUCUGGCGAUCAGUGUGCUGGAUGUGUCUCACAACCUGUUAAAUGACCCUGAGAUCCUUGCUGUACUUGAGGCGAUGCCGGAACUGCGAGUGUUAAAUCUAAUGGGAAAUGAGGUGGUGAAAAAAAUCCCAAACUACAGGAAGACAAUGAUUGUGCACCUCAAACAGCUCACCUUUCUUGACGAUCGUCCUGUGUUUCCAAAAGACAGGGCAUGUGCAGAGGCAUGGGCAGUGGGAGGGCGGGAAGGGGAGUGCAAAGAGAGGGAGCAAUGGGAAACACGAGAGAGGAGGAAAAUUCAGGACAGCUUGGAUGGCAUGGCAAUGAUUCGGAAAAAAGCUCAGGACAGACGGCGCCUACGAGAGCUAGGUGAGAAAGGGGAGACUGAGGUAUUCACCACUCCUCGUGAGGAACACGACACCCAGAUUUUGACUUCCUCACAAGAGGAGAAGAUACAAGCCUUUGUGCAGGACAGCCUGGAUGCCCAUGAAGAGUUCUUGCAGAGUCAAGCAACAAAUGAAUCCAAGACAAAACAUGAAGACAUAGAAGUAGAGCAGCCAAGUGAAGGGUUGCAGAGAGAGCAAUUGGAGAAAGAUGACCAGGACCAAUCACAGAUGAAGCAGCCUGUGAGACAAGAGGGGGUGAAUCCAGAGCAGUCAGCACAAAAGCAAGAAAGUAUUGCAGCGAAGAUGUUAGAGCCAGAUAAAGUAGAUUAUAAACAAAAUCAGUCAUGUGUAAUCCAGCUCACGAGAAAUGAAGCAGAGAGAGAGCAGGCAAACAUGAGUGAACAGCAUGAGAACAAACAGCCUCCCCUGGUCAGGGCAGCUCCUCCUGAAGCAGAUGAGGUUGUACCAACAUAUGGCCCUGGACCCUUGGUUACAGAGCUGGAGGAUGUGAAGCAGCUGGAAACCAUUCACCUCCCACUGCAUCGCUCACUGCAUAUUGAUGACCUGCCUGAUCUAGAGGAUGUGGAUACAGAAGACUUCACUGCAAUGUACUUUUCUCAGCAGGUGUUCAAACCAAAAAUAGAAGUCAUAUCCGGAGGCAGUGAUGAGGUUCAGCCAACUGGAAACCAGAGUGAGACCAUCCCCACUUUAAGUCCAGACAAAAGUUCAUUGUUCACCGAAGUCUCUUACAAUUCUUCAUCACUGGUGUAUCCAGGGGAUUGGGAUGACCUUGAGCCACUGAUACUUGAACCAGUGGAAAAGUCAAAGACAAACCAAACCUCCUCUCCACCACGCAGCCUGAUCGAGGAGCUGGAAUGAUACACAGUCUAACAGGACAUGGCUUCAAAUUAAAUGGUUUAAUGCUGACAGACAAUGCACUGGUCAUAUGAGAGUUA